AUCACCAGUGCCGCGCAUGUUCUCAACUGCCGUGCAAUAUCCCUGCGUGGUCCGCGUGGCGUGAAAAACGGUAUAUUUCUAGCAUUAUGCGAAUCGAUUCAAAACGCGAUAAUAAUAUCUUAUUUUGGAUAUAUGUCCAGUCAUCCAGUCAAUUCAGUUGAUUCCGACAAGUCGCGAUGAGCCGACAAGCCGUCCUAAGACUUUACAAGGACAUUCUGAGAUACGGCGAAACUUUGAGGCUCACAAAUAAGAAGUAUUUUCGCUACAGGAUCCAGACGGCUUUUAGGAAUAACAAAAAUCUGUCCGACGAAGCGACGAUAGACUUCCAAUUGAAGAAGGGUAUGAAACUCUUGGAAGCUAGGAAAGUGGUAUAGAUAUCAUUUUGCUGCACCAAAAGACUUAUGAAGACAAAGGAAGAGUCAU